CUCCCCUUGGUCCUUGGGAGGUCGCUACUCUCAACUCGCGUAUCAUUAACAAGCGCGAUUAUGAGGCCACUAGUCAACAGCUAGUCCACUGCGACUUGUUUGCCCUCACGUCGCUCAUGAAUAGAUGCGAUUCUCUACUCUAGAUUAAAUGCCAAUAGAGAACUAACUGAAGCAAGCAAACAAUCUUCGCUGUUUCGUGAAUUAUAUGCGUGCGGAUAUGGCUCAAAGGCGUUCUUCUAUCAUCGGUGUUUGCUGCCUUUUGGUUUUACGUAUGGGUUGUCUCUUAGCGCAAGAGCUACAGAAUGGAAGCCCUCAUGUGUGCUCGUACACACGACAGCGUGAUGUCAUGGAGAGAGUGCCCGAGGUUAGAGCGGCGUUCCGUCUGAUACCUGUACUCGUAGCAAGAUGCAAUCAGAACGCGUGUUACAAAUACAUACACAGGCGUUACUACUUCCGGUCAUACCGUGAAGUAAGCCGUCUUGUUACGGAGACUGUGAACGAGUGCUGCGCGGGCUGGACGAGGAGGCCUGGGGAGACACAUUGCUCUAUUCGUAUCCCGUCCGUCCGGUCCUCGCCCUGUGCGGUCAACAACGGUGGCUGCGACAAUGUUUGUACAGACGUGGGGGGUAGGGUGAGGUGUUCUUGCUUCAAGGGAUUUACCUUGGCAGCAGACCGAACUGGCUGUGAAGAUGUAGACGAGUGUCUGACGGGCGUGGCCUGCUGUGAACAUAAGUGCCAAAACACUCAUGGCUCGUACCGAUGUGGCUGCCGUCCUGGAUACACCCUUACAGGGAAAUGCUUAUGCACAGCUCGUCCGCCGUCAAAGCCAGCUGGUCCUCCAGGGGGAGAAGAUGUCAGCCAGCGAUUGGACAGAUGGCGGGAAAAACUUCAGGCUAUACAAGCUUGCCCUCCUGGCUUCAUUGGGCCAGAUUGUGGAUUCACUUGUGACGACUGCCAAAACGGAGCCCGCUGCGACAUACGCUUUGGUCAGUGUCUAUGCACGGCUGGAUGGACUGGGCCCGUGUGUAACGAAACAUGUCCUUACUCAAAGUUUGGCCCGAACUGUCAAUUUGACUGCAAAUGUCGCCACAAGGCUAAUUGUGAUCCUGUAACCGGAGUGUGCCGGUGUCCACCCGGAUAUAAAGGCAAAUACUGUGAGAUAGUGUGUUCACCGGGAAAAUUUGGACAGGAUUGUCAAAGCAUGUGCACAUGCCAUCUGAUCAACACAGACCACUGUCACCACACAAACGGCUCUUGUUUAUGCAAAGCCGGUUUUCACGGAGAACGAUGCACAGAGGGCUGCCCAAUCAACAAAUUUGGUCCGAACUGUAAAAAUGACUGCAAAUGUGUUAACAAUGGAAAAUGUGACGUCAUCACAGGGUCAUGCUUGUGCCCUCCAGGAUUCAUAGGAAAACAUUGUGAAAACGUUUGCCCUGUCGGACAGUAUGGUCAAGGGUGCACGCAAACAUGCAAAUGUCACGUGACUAAUUCUGAAUACUGUCAUCACACAAAUGGAACGUGCUCGUGUAAAGCCGGUUACUACGGUGACCAGUGCUCAUAUUCAUGCCCAAGCUCUAGAUAUGGUCCGAAUUGCCUGUUCCAGUGUGAAUGUCAAAAUAAUGGGAAGUGUGACGUCACCGGAAACUGCCAGUGUCUUCCAGGAUAUAUCGGAAAGCGAUGUGAGAAAGAGUGUCCUCCUGGAAAGUUCGGACGAGACUGUAAAAGCACGUGCCUCUGUCACAUGAACAACACACUUCGCUGUGUUCAUACAGAUGGUUCAUGUUUAUGCAAGGAUGGUUUUCAUGGAGACACGUGCUCAAAGGUCUGUGAUGCUGGAAAGUUUGGAUCCACCUGCGAAAGCGACUGCACCUGUCACAUGACCAACACAGAUCGCUGUGAUCAUGUCGAUGGCUCGUGUUUAUGCAAAGCUGGUUUCCAAGGAGACCGAUGCGAGAAAAUCUGUCCCCCAAGAAGUUACGGACCCGGAUGCAGAAACACGUGCUUGUGUCACGUGACUAAUGCUGCAAGCUGUCACCAUGUUAACGGCUCCUGUGUGUGCAAUGAUGGUUACCAUGGUGAUACGUGUUCAGAUAGAUGUCCUAAAGGAAGGUAUGGAAAGGGAUGCGCCUCGCACUGCCCCUGCCCUUCUGAACAGGAGUGCCAUCACGUGACAGGGGAAUGCAAGGACUACGCAUGCCCCGUAGGUUUCACAGGUCCCGGAUGUGAUAAAGUGUGUCCCCAGGCGUACUAUGGACCACGGUGCGCUAGGAAGUGCAAAUGUGAGCCAGGUGUGAACUGUGACCCCGCCAGUGGGGUUUGCAUUUGUCCGGCGGGAAAGAUGGGCCCUAACUGUGACAUAGAUUGCGGUGAAGGCUGGUAUGGAUUUAACUGCGAGGCAAAAUGUCAAUGCGCGGGAGGUGUACCUUGUAGCCCUAUUUCGGGGAAGUGCAUUUGCCCAGCAGGGCGCACCGGAAGCAGAUGUGAGACAGAGUGCAGUGAAGGGACGUAUGGUAAAGGCUGUGCUAAAGCAUGCGAAUGCCAGGGAGGGGGUACAUGUGAUCACGUGACAGGCUCAUGUUCAUGCCCUCCUGGAAAAACUGGAAAAUAUUGCGAGAAAGGGUGUAUCAAUGGCUCCUAUGGCGUCGGUUGUGCAUACUCGUGUGGUUGUCCUGGUAACGCUUCCUGUGACGUCAUUUCCGGUCAAUGUGAGUGCCCUCCUGGUCGGACCGGAAGAACUUGUGAUCAAGAUUGUGCAGGAGGGACUUAUGGAAAUCUCUGCCGUCAUAGUUGUGAAUGCGCCUCUGGCCUCCCCUGUGAUCCAAUGGACGGAUCAUGUCAAUGCCCCCCCGGCCUUACCGGGAAAAGGUGCGAUCAAGCUCUUGGUUGCUUGAACUCAUCUGUUUCCGGCUGCUUGAACAACGGAUCAUGCAAUACUAGCACAGGCCUGUGUCACUGUGGACCGGGCUGGACUGGGUCGAGAUGUCAACAAAAAUGCAAUGAGGGUUUCUAUGGUAACGACUGUCAGAGAGCAUGUACAUGUACAACAUAUGAAACAUGUAACGUCACAACAGGCAACUGCAGUCGAGUUUGUCCACUUGGCUGGUAUGGCAAGAAUUGUUCCUCGCAAUGCGCAUGCCCACAGGAUGCUAUCUGUGAUCCGCGGACCGGAGAGUGCAUUUGCAAGCCUGGUUACCAUGGUAGCAAGUGUGAUCAAGUAUGCCCGGGGGGCCGUUUCGGACGGAAUUGCCAGCACAACUGCUCGUGUUCGGCGCAUGCGUACUGUCACUACAAGAGCGGGAGAUGCUUAUGUCAGCCUGGAUAUAUCGGCCCCAAGUGUGAAUAUGCCUGCCCACAAAACAGAUAUGGAAAGAAUUGCAAUGAACGGUGUGCCUGUUACCAUGGCGAAUGCAAUCAUGUGACUGGAGAAUGCACUUGUAGGCCAGGAUACAGAGGAGAACAAUGUGAGAUGGAAUGCCCCACGGGACGAUUUGGAGCCGGGUGCACCGGGGUCUGCACCUGUCACAGAGGGUCUAUCUGUGAUCACGUGACAGGAAAGUGUCAUUGCGGGCUAGGUUGGACUGGCGUUAAAUGUGAUCAAGUUUGCAAAGAGGGCUACUAUGGUGUGAAUUGUGAGCACAAGUGCGCAUGUCUGAAUGAAGGCACGUGCGACCGGGUGUCAGGCUGCUGUGAGUGCAACUCCGGCUGGUAUGGCGACAAGUGUCAAUACAGGUGCCCGCCUGGGCGGUUUGGUCUUUAUUGUGCGGGUAUUUGCAAAUGCGUCAAUGGCGAGUCAUGUGACCCUGUCAGCGGUGAAUGUUAUUGUAAACCGGGAUGGACUGGUACUCGCUGUAAUGAAGUGUGCUCACCUGGUAACCAUGGCAUCCAGUGCAACUCCAAGUGCACAUGUGCAUCCGUCUACUGUCAUGCGCAGACUGGUCGUUGUAUGUGCUCACCAGGGAAGACGGGUGCCGAAUGCGAUCAAGACUGUCCCCAAGGAACUUACGGACCCGGAUGUAAACACGCCUGCACAUGCGCCAACAAGGCCCGCUGUGAUCCUGUCAGCGGUAAAUGCUCGUGUGACUUAAAUUGGUUUGGGUCACAGUGCGAAGAACUGAGCAACAACGAUCGCGGCUUCAACGAUGACGAACUGUUCACAAUUAAUUGAUCACGUGAUAUCAAGGCUGACUCCCGACAUGCACUGCCCGCCACCACAUAUGAAUCCAUGUUAUCCUGCUUGGUCAUGUGAUAGAUGUAAACCGUCCCUGCGCAGAGGAAACACAAGAAGAAAAACACAAAAAAGGAAAGGGGUAAACUCGCAGAAUAGCAGCUGUAAAAUUGAAAAGCGCAAAAGACUAUACCAUGACAUAUUAAGAAAAUUUAGCAAAAAAUUGUAGUUGUAGAAGUAGUUGUAGCGUUGUAAGUACUCCAAUAUAAGCAAGGUGAUGGUUCCUUAUUUGGAAUACUUGCAAACUCAGUGUACGAUUUCGAGGUGGCGGCAUUUUGGGGCCUUUAUAAACAUUCAUAUGACUGUUUAAAUGAUGGACAAUGACAAUGAUUAUGACGAACACUUUGGUCAAUUUAGAAUUAAGGUCAACGAAACCAAAUACCGCAGCCCUUAGUUUACCUGACUACUACACGGAAGAGACUUAUCCAGAAUAGAAGCUCGCUCUUAGAUGUGACCAGACUAUGUAGUAUCUAUGUACUAGUCUAUGGUAGUUAAGGGUAGCACGCUUAUAGGUGUGGCCAAAACUAGUCUAUUAUAGUAAGGGGUAGCUCGCUUAUAGAUAUGUCCAGAACUAGUCUUUGGUAGUCAAGGGUAGCUCACUUAUAGAUGUUUCCAGAUCUAGUACUGAAGGGUAGCUCGCUUACAGGUGUGACCAAAACUAGUCUAACUAGGCUAUAGUAGUCAACGGUAGCUCGCUUGUAGAAUGUGUCCGGAACUAGUCUUUGGUAGUCAGGGGUCGUCAAAUGUUAUGACGUAUACACACACGGACUAGUGGUGAGAACAAUUACAGUCUUUCGUGCUUAUUGAUAAUGUAUUCAUUUGCAUGACAAUCGUGUAUCUUAUUUGGGAAAAGCUGUUCGUUUUAGUCGAGGCCGCGUCCAGUGGGAGCUAGUAGAACUGGAAUUUUACAGAAGGAAAUAUGGGAUUGCUGUUGACCCAGACAACAUUUUAAAGCUGUCUCAGCCAUGUAUGAUUAGGAAAUGCUACUCUAGCUACUUGAACUACCAUUAGCUUAAAAGCUGUGUGACGUUUAUUUAUAAUUUAAAAAAUAGUUUUUGUUGUGAAACUGUUUUUGUUGUGCAACUGUUGUUCCUGUUUAAAUAUACAUUUUUUAAAGAGCACUAUCCACAUAUUAUUAAAUGAUUAAGCAAUAAAAUGGAGCCGUUUUUGUUAUUGGGUGGAUUGAAUUUCAAAUGGUUCGUGUGGAAGUUAGCUACUUUUAAAGAAUAAAGAUUCUUAACAGUA